UGAGUAAAUGAUGACAGAAUUUUCAUCUUUGGCUGACCUAUACCUAAGUGUUAAGCUAACUUCUGGAGGCAUGUUUCUGCAUUUCUACACAGUUGGCGUCCCUCUUGCUGUUGAAUGAUUGGCAAAAUUUUAAUCUUUCGCCAACAUCCCAACUAUCAUAAGGCUUCAGAAGAGUUGAAAUACACUGCACAAGUUAUAUGGACCAUUUUCGUGAUAUGAUGCUUGUGCUUAUAUAAUGAAGCCUCAGUCAUCAUUAUAAAAUAUUACUCAUUUGUCUGACAAUAACACGUGACAACGGCUGACCUGCAGAUCUCACAUAAUACCCCAAACACACCUCACUCUCUUUGAACAUACAUGCCAAGCUUUCUUAUUUGGGGCUUUCUUAUUGAUUUCUUUUGUUCUGAAAUUAAGUGCAAUUAGUUCAAACAAACUAACAGAAACCCUAGCCCUAAAAAAAUACAACUUUUACUUUUUUUUUUAGAAGUAAAUAAAGUCACAAUUCUCCUUUUGAGGUUAUGAGAGGAGGUGGUUUAAGUGUAUAUAUUUUAGCAAUUUAUAACUAACUUUGUUAAUUAGCUAAAAUAAGUAAUAAUAUCAUUUACAGUCAUUAAUUAUAUAAGAUUUUUCAUUUUAGAAGAUAAAAGUAUGAAUUAGCUUAUGUUGCAACUCUGUAUUAUAUUUAACAAUAUGCAUACAUUUAAGGUAAAAAAAAAAAAAAGGUUAAAACUAUGUUUUUUUAUGAGUAAAAAUUAUAAAUGGCCAUUGCCAGAAUUCCCUGCAAAAACCAUCCUAUUUGUUUAAAUUUUAUUUAAAAAGUUACUUUCUUCCUGAUUUUGCAAUAUGCACUGGGGGUUUUAUAUUGGACUUUAUAUUAUUUAGUUAAUUUAAGUUGAAUUGCUGUAAAGCAUUUUAAAAACAUUAUUACCGUGUUGCCCUUGUUUGUGUUUAUAAUACAUAGAAACAUUGCCAUUAAAUAAAGGCUUAAGGAAGAGAAAUAAUACAAAUCUGGGCGAGGAGGAAAAGGCUGGGAAGAAAAUUAAAAAUCCUGCUCUUAUUGUCUUGCCUGUCAGUUUGAUGGGUUACUCACAGAAGUUUGUGGCUGAUAAUUUCACCUGUGCCUCAACACCUCACCAUUUUAAGAGUAUAUAAGUCUUCAUAAGACACUUGUCUAUCAGAAGGAAAGCACGCGUAAGAAGCAACUCACACCAUGAGGAGGAUUCACCGCCAGCUGUGUUUUCUCGCAAGCCUGAUGCUUGUUAUUGACGCAGGACCGAUUGAACAACCCUCUGAUGAUUAUGGAAUUGCAACGGUUUGGGGUUUAUAUAUGUUUGCUUGUUUUGUCUUUGGCCAUAGGCCUAAUUCUUCCAAUAAUUCUUUUUGUGUUCUUUAGAAUUACCUGGAGAGCUUCUACAAUCUGAGAUAUAUACUCGCUCCUGUUGCUCCUGGUGCUUACGGCACACGGCCGGAGGAAAAUCCACUGCCCGAGAAACUGAAAGAGAUGCAGAAGUUUUUUGGGCUCAAUGUCACUGGAACGCUGGACAAAAAAACACUGGAGGUGAUGAAGAAGCCCCGCUGUGGAGUUCCAGAUGUGGCUGCGUACUCCACGUUUGGAGACAGACCUAAAUGGCAGACCAACAAGCUCACUUACAGGAUUGUGAACUACACUCCUGACAUGUCUGUAAGAGAGGUGGAUGAUUCCAUCAAAAGGGCCCUGCAAGUGUGGGCAGAUGUCACUCCUCUGAGAUUCACCCGUAUCUACAGCGGCACAGCUGACAUCAUGAUCUCCUUUGCUACACAAGAUCAUGGUGAUGCUUACCCAUUUGAUGGACCAGGAGGCACUUUGGCUCAUGCUUUUGCUCCCUCACCUGGAAUUGGUGGAGACGCACAUUUCGAUGAUGAUGAGUUUUUUACCUUCCGCUCAUCAAGAGGAAGUUAUAUCCUGUUCUUGGUGGCCGCCCAUGAAUUUGGUCACUCUUUGGGUCUUUCUCAUUCCAAUGUUUCUGGCUCUCUGAUGUCUCCCACAUACGACUUCACUGAUCCGGAUCGUUUCUCUCUGCACUCUGAUGACAUUAGAGGGAUUCAGUCAAUGUAUCCACCUGUUCAAACGACUACUAGAGCUGUUCAAAUGACUACUAGAGCUUGUAACUUUAACCUGAUCUUGGAUGCAGUUACAACUUUUAGGGGAGAAACAAUGUUCUUCAAGGAUACCAUUUUCUGGCGUCGUUCACCAAGCAGAAGUGUGUCUAAACUUCUGAUCAAGAGUUUCUGGCCCAAUGCCCCAGAUAAUAUAGAUGCUGCUUAUGAGGAUCCAGUGCAAGAUAAAGUUUUCUUUUUUAAAGGAAGACAAGUCUGGGCUUUUAAUGGAAACAAUGUUGAGCCGGGCUAUCCCAAGACUCUCAGGAGCUUUGGUCUGCCACCAUCUAUGAAAAAAGUUAGUGCUGCCGUCCACGACAAAAACUCAGGAAAAACACUGCUCUUCUUUGACAUAUAUUACUAUAGCUAUGAUGAGAAGAUGAAGAAGAUGGACAAAGGGUAUCCCAAACGACUGAAAGUUGGAUUUCCAGGGGUGACUGCUGGGAUUACAGCAGCCCAUCUAUUCAAUGGGAACAUUUAUCUCUUCAGUGGGACAAAGGUGUAUGAGUUUAGCAGCAGCAGGAAUCUCCUCCGUGUGCUGAAUAAUAAUUACUUCCUUCCCUGUUAGUCAUGUUUCCCCGAAAUAAGAAAUGAAUGGAGCUUAACUACAGUACUUACUUAAAUGCAUUAAAAAAACAAAAAAAAAAACAGUUAAAAUUAACUAAUUGUUCAUUGUAUUUCUGGAUUCUGCUGUACUUCCACUGUACUUCUAUUUUAACAUUGUUAACAUUUAAAAGAAUGUGUAUAAUGUUUAAUGUUAAUGACUAUUUUC